AUGCCGAUCUCCUCGCCACUGCCGCCUCCGGCUUCCUCGCCACUGUCACCGUGCCGCUGCCGAUUUCCUCCCCACCACCGCCGACUUCCAUGUGAGAGUUUGUACGAAGACGAGGAGUUUGUCCAGAGGCAGCUUUUAGCACUAGUUGCCCCUAAGGUGUUUUUCUACUUGGCCGAGCUAAAUGGUGCUCUGUUGUAUGCACUUGGUGCUGGACCCCUGUUUGAUGUUUCUGACGACUCUGAUUACGCUCAAACACUGUUAGGCACAGAAGUUAUGAGGUACAGUAUCUGGUGUUGGAAAGUCUCUGAAGAUGCAAAACCCAGGUGUCAAGAUCAUCUGUAUUCAGCCAGAGAAAAAUGUUUCAUUGAGUUUAUCUAUGGUUCCGGGAAAGCUUGUGCGAUCAAAGUUGGAAGCUCCUUUACCAGCCAUCAAGUUCAGGAGAAGCUCAAGAGCAGCUGCCACUUCCCUUAA